CUCUACAACAAUGGCGUCCACACCAGGCAUUCUCACAGAUUGGCCAUGGAAGCCACUCCGAAGUUUUAAGUACGUGCUUUUGGCUCCGUGGGCGAUUCAUAGCUCGUACUUGUAUUUCAACGGGGACGAAGAGAAGAGAGAUUUGAGUUAUUUUCUUAUAUUUCCAUUUCUAUUGGUGAGAAUGCUUCACAAUCAAAUUUGGAUCUCUCUCUCACGUUACCAAACCGCUAAAGGAAGCAAACGAAUCGUCGAUAAACCGAUCGAGUUCGAACAGGUUGAUAGAGAAAGUUCAUGGGAUGACCAGAUAUUGUUCAAUGGGUUGCUGCUUUACAUGGGGAGGAUGGCGCUGAAGAGGAGUGAAAAUCUACCGUUUUGGAGGACGGACGGGGUGGUUAUGACGGCGUUGCUGCACGCCGGUCCGGUGGAGUUUUUGUACUACUGGUUUCACAGAGCUCUUCAUCACCAUUUUCUCUAUUCUCGCUACCAUUCUCACCACCAUUCAUCCAUUGUUUCCGAGCCCAUUACGUCUGUGACACAUCCAUUUGCAGAACACAUAGUGUAUUUCUUGCUGUUUGCAAUACCGUUAUUGACGACAGUGCUGACAGAAACAGCUUCAAUUGUCUCCUUUUCCCUUUAUGUGAUAUUCAUUGAUUUCAUGAACAAUAUGGGCCACUGCAACUUCGAGCUUGUUCCUAAGAUCCUCUUCAUCAUCUUCCCUCCUCUUAAAUAUCUCAUCUACACCCCCUCGUACCAUUCGCUUCACCACACCCAAUUCAGAACAAACUUGAGUCUAUUUAUGCCUAUAUAUGACUACAUCUAUGGGACAUGGGAUAAGAGUACAGAGAGUUUGUACGAGAAUUCAUUGUCAAGAGCAAAGGAAGUGCCUCAUGUGGUUCAUUUGAGCCAUUUGACAACUCCACAAUCCAUUUACCACAUGAGGCUUGGCUUUGCAGCGGUGGCUUCUAAGCCCUUUGCUUCAAAAUGGAGGCUGAGCCUGCUUUGGCCUUUCACUUGCUUGUCUGUGAUUGCCACUUGCUUCUUUGGCCGCACUUUUGUCUCUGAGAGGAACACAUUCAAGGCUCUCAAAUUGCAAUCUUGGGUCCUCCCUAGAUUCAAUCUUCAAUAUUUCAUGGAAUGGAGAAGAGAAGCCAUCAACAACAUGAUAGAAGCAGCAAUUUUAGAUGCUGAUAAAAAGGGAGUCAAAGUUCUAAGCUUAGGCCUUUUGAAUCAGGGAAAAGAGCUAAAUGAAUAUGGAGAGCUUUACAUACAAAAACAUCCAAAAUUGAAACUAAAAUUGGUUGAUGGAAGCAGCUUAGCAGCUGCUAUUGUGGUCAAUACCAUCCCCAAAGGCACAACCCAAGUGCUUCUUAGAGGACACCUUUCUAAGGUCGCUUAUGCCGUCGCAGACGCUCUAUGUCAAAUGGGUUUACAGGUGGGUACCUUAUAUGAGAACGAGUAUCAGAAGCUUAAAUCGAAGAUCACUACCAAUUCUAACAACUUGAUCGUCACGAAAAUUACUACUCACAAGAUAUGGAUAGUGGGAGAUGGAUUGGAAGAGUUUGAACAACUAAAUGCACCAAAAGGGACAAUUUUUAUUCCCUUUUCACAAUUUCCUCCAAAGAGACUUAGAAGAGAUUGCUAUUAUCACAUCACUCCUUCCAUGAAAGUUCCUUCUUGUUUCGAGAACGUCGACUCGUGUGAGAAUUGGUUGCCGAGAAGAGUGAUGAGCGCGUGGCGAAUGGCCGGGAUAUUGCAUGCUUUGGAAGGAAGAGAGAUGCAUGAGGUUGGAGAAACAAUGUUGAGUUUGGAGGAUGCAUGGAAGGCAAGCCUUCAAAAUGGGUUUAUUCCUUUGGAGAUUUCUUCAUCUUCCUUCUAAAAUCCUCCAAAAAGCACACAUUGGGAUGAUUUUAGUACUAAUAGUUAUUAAGAGAACUUUUGGUGUUUGUGUUUUUAUUUCAUGAUCCUAAUAAUAUUUUGCUAUUAAUAUAAAUUUUAUGUCUUAGAAUGUAA